AUGGCCCCCAACCAGCGCAUCGUUCCCUCCGGCUCGCGCCCCCAGAAGGGCUUCGUCAGCACUGUCUACGAUGAGGCCACCAACCCCGAGAACAAGACCAUUGUCCGCAGCAUCCUGGUCUUCGGUGCCGGUAUUGCUUUCCUCUCCUCCAGCUUCGGAGAGUUCCUCCUUCCUCCUGCUGUGGUUCACUCUAAUACCCUCAACGCGUGCGAGUUCCGGCCCGCGGUGUUCAUCUCAAACGACCAUGUCCAGGUCCUUUUCCUUGCUUCUCCAAUCUUCGGGACAACAGCUGCAAAUGCAGCAAUGCCACUGGUCAAUAUUGUGGAAGGUGAUGGCGAUCUUGCCAAGAGUCCCCACACCCCACACUUCCCCCGACCCCGAACACCGCCUUCUUCCAUUGCGGAUGUCACCACCGGCUUCUCUCUACAUGUCGAUCACUUUGAUAGCCAGACGCAUUCCCAGAAGCGCAAGUUGACGGAGCCUCGCCUGGAUUCCACAGCUAAGCGCCACAGUCUUCAGUUUGAUCCCCAGGUACCAUGGCUGCAUGAGUCUAAACCAGCAGCUGGGUGGAAGACACAUGGUAACCCGGAUGUUCACCACUCGCUGCCACUGGCCAACAUGGUGUCGGCCGUCCAGGAUCUGAUAGACCCGGACUUUGACCCGCUCACAGCGAUGCUGGACGAUGAGCCUCGUUUCUUGAAGCCGUUGCCGGCUCGUAUCGCGCCAGAAGAUUUGGAAUUCCUUCGUUUUCGUGGAGCUCUCUCUCUUCCCGAGAGCGGGCUUCGGGAUGAACUGCUGCGUUGCUAUAUCCAGUGGGUACACAGCUUCAUGCCCGUAUUGAACCUCCAAGAGUUUCUACGGUGUGUGGCUGAAAAUGACCCGAAUGGAAACGUCAGUAUUCUCUUGUUCCAGGCAGUUAUGUUCGUCGGCACUGCUUUCAUCGACCUCAAGCAUUUGCAAGAUGCCGGUUACUCAACACGGAAGGCAGCGCGGAAUGCAUUCUUCACACGAUUACGGUUACUAUAUUCCCUUGACUGCGAAGAGGACCGCAUUGUGAUUUUGCAAACACUUUUAUUAAUGACAUAUUGGUCUGAUCCAGAAAAUAGCCCACAGAGAGAUAUUUGGGACUGGAUUGGAGUAUGCAACACCCAGGCACAGUCAAUCGGACUGAAUAAAGACCCUGCAUCAGGCGAAAUGGAUGUACACACUAGGCGUCUACGCUCCCGGCUAUGGUGGUGUCUGUUUUCCCGAGAUCGAUUGAUUGCCAUGGGCAUGCGUCGCCCAUUACAGGUCAAUGAAGGGACCAGUAGUGUCCCAAUGCUCCGCCUAGAUGACUUUGACUUUGAACCAUUUUCUCCCUCCGUGGUGGCAAACUUCCGUUGCCGUCAGCUUGAAGACGUUUCACACCAGAAACGCCUAGCUAUCAUGUUUAUUGAGAAGAUGAAGCUUUGUCAAUGCAUUGGAAGGGUGCUAUUCGCCCAAUACACGCCAUCUCAGCGCCAGUUUGGCGCCACAAACCGCACCACGGUCACCAUUGUUCCUCGACAGGCUUCGGAGUCUGAGUUUGCUCGAUGUGGUCAAAAGCUCGACUCAUGGCUUAGUGCACUUCCCAAAGAUGCACAAUUCAUCCCCAAAACUAGGACUAACUUUCGCGACGGCGAGGAUGUUCUUUUACUCCACGGUGCGAUGCUCCGUAUGCUAUAUCAUGCGACCAGCAGUGCUCUUCACAGGCCAUGGGCGACAGCCACGAAAGAUCAGUCCAAAAGCCGCAACGAAUGGCGGAAAACGGCUCGCACAAAGAUGCACGAUGCAGCCGGAGGCAUCACGCACAUCAUCCAAGGCCUGAACCAACUCAAUUUGACACGAUUUUUACCACAGUCAGGCGUUACCGUGAUUCUACCUGCUGCCGUGGCCCAUUUAUCGAACACAAUGUCUGACAACCCAGCUGUCCGGGAGAGCAGUGUGUACAACUUCCAUCGCUGUAUUCAGGUCCUGCAUUGUUUGAAGGACAUCUAUCCAGCUGCCGACCAAGAGUUCGCCAAUAUCGAAGCUGCCAUCAAGAUGCAGUCCGGUGCAUCCAGUACAUUCUUCGAAGUCAUGCAAUAUAACCUCGACGCUCCUGCCAUUUCGUUGACAACUAGGAAGUCAAGCACCGCAGAAUCCAUGCCUACACCUCAAUCUCAUCCAUUCUUGCACGACAAAUCCAUCACUGAUAUAAAUACACCCACUGCAAGGCCACGAGCCGAAUCAGCCCAAGAUAUAAUGAAUCAAGGGAACCUGAGUCCUCAAACCGUACAAGAGCCAGCUCCCCCAGUCUUCCCCAACGACUUCGACCAAUUUGAUGAUCCGAACAGCGUGGACAACAACCCUUUCAACUUUCUCUCAAUCGACAUCGACUCCUUCCCCGACAUCCCUUCAUCGAGCAAUUUGGCCAGUUUCAACAACACAGACGCGACAAACAUCUCCCCAUAUACCCAGAAUCCGGAGAACAUCGACUGGGCACAAGAACUCUUCCGGGAGACCGACAUGCAUCAAUUUAACCAUACGGAGUCCUUUGAUGAACAUAUAACACCGCAAUCACCGCAAAGCCCCCAGAAUCAUGAUAAUUUCCCAUUCGAUUUGAAGCAUACGGGCGAAUUCCUCCCACAAGUUGAACAUCGUGAGAACUCGACGCAUAGUGCACGACCUGGGAUCACUGGUGACUUGGACAAAGACCUUGGUUUUCAAUCUGAGGAUGAUUUGUUCUGA